AUGAAGCAGGUUCUAAAGCUUACCCUUGACUGCACCCACCCCGGAGAAGAUGGAAUCACGGAUGCUGCCAACUUUGAGCAGUUUCUUCAGGAGAGAAUCCAAGUGAAUGGAAAAGCUGGGAAUCUCGGCAGAGGGGUUGUAACCAUUGAAAGAAGCAAGAGUAAGAUCACUGUAACGUCUGAGGUGCCUUUUCCCAAAAGAUAUUUGAAAUGUUUCACCAAAAAAUAUUUGAAAAAGAAUAACCUACAUGACUGCUUGCGUGUAGUUGUGAACAGCAAAGAGAGUUACGAAUUGCUUUACUUCCAGAUAAACUAGGAUGAAGAAGAGGAGGAAGAUGAGGAUUAAAGCUCAUUUAUCUGGCAAAUUUUGUAUGAGUUCUUGAAUAAAACUUGGAAA